CCGCCCAGCCGGGGCUCGGGCCCGGGCCCGGGCCCCCGGGAUAUGGCCUCUCGGAGUGCGCAGGGCGACGGCCCCACCUCCAGCCGCUGGGAUGGCGGCGAGGAGAAGGCAGACUUUAAUGCCAAAAGGAAAAAGAAAGUGGCAGAGAUACACCAGGCCCUGAACAGUGAUCCCACUGAUGUGGCUGCCCUUAGACGCAUGGCUAUCAGUGAAGGAGGGCUCCUGACUGAUGAGAUCAGGCGAAAAGUGUGGCCCAAGCUCCUCAAUGUCAACACCAAUGACCCAUCUCCUGUAUCAGGGGAGAACCUGCGACAGAUGAGCAAGGAUUACCAGCAAGUGCUGCUGGACGUCAGGCGGUCCUUACGGCGGUUCCCUCCUGGCAUGCCAGAAGAACAGAGAGAAGGGCUUCAGGAAGAACUAAUCGACAUCAUCCUCAUCAUCUUGGAGCGCAACCCUCAGCUGCACUACUACCAGGGCUACCAUGACAUUGUGGUCACAUUUCUGCUGGUGGUAGGCGAGAGGCUGGCAACAUCCCUGGUAGAAAAGUUGUCUACCCACCACCUCAGGGAUUUUAUGGAUCCAACAAUGGACAACACCAAGCAUAUAUUAAACUAUUUGAUGCCCAUCAUUGACCAGGUGAAUCCAGAACUCCAUGACUUCAUGCAGAGUGCCGAGGUGGGAACCAUCUUUGCCCUCAGCUGGCUCAUCACUUGGUUUGGGCACGUUCUAUCUGACUUCAGGCACGUUGUGCGGUUAUACGACUUCUUCCUGGCCUGCCAUCCCCUGAUGCCCAUUUACUUUGCAGCUGUGAUAGUGUUGUAUCGAGAGCAGGAAGUCCUGGAUUGUGACUGCGACAUGGCCUCGGUCCACCACCUGUUGUCCCAGAUCCCUCAGGACCUGCCCUAUGAGACGCUGAUCAGUAGAGCUGGGGACCUCUUUGUUCAGUUUCCCCCAUCCGAACUUGCUCGGGAGGCAGCUGCCCAACAGCAAGCUGAGAAAACGGCAGCCUCUACCUUCAAAGACUUUGAGCUGGCAUCAGCCCAGCAGAGGCCUGACAUGGUGCUGCGGCAGAGGUUUCGGGGACUUCUGCGGCCCGAGGAGCGAACAAAAGACGUCCUGACCAAACCUAGGACCAAUCGCUUUGUGAAACUGGCAGUGAUGGGGCUGACGGUGGCACUUGGUGCGGCUGCUCUGGCUGUGGUAAAAAGUGCCCUGGAGUGGGCCCCUAAGUUUCAACUGCAGCUGUUCCCCUAAAUGCCAGAGAAGACACUUCUUCUGACAUCACAUUAAGGUCUCACCCUUCCAUGGAAGGUUGGGGAGGGGUGGAAUGUCCUUUAUUAAAAGGGUUUCUGUCAAAGGUUUUCUAUUCCUGCCACCCUUUCCUGCCUGUCCCCAGUUUGCCUUUGCUUCAGAGGCCAGUAGCAGAGCCUUCCUGACACUGGGCACUAGGGGGACUUCCGUAGGGUGGGCUUCCAAGUGGGCUCUCUGUGUUGGAGGAAAUGGAGGUUUUAGCUCCCAGAUGCCUUUGGAACCACUGGGCCUGGUUACUGGGGAUCCUCUUAGCUGCUCAGCAGUAAGUAAGCUGGACCACUUAAUGCCCGCCUCACAGCUCCUCCUGUUCUGUCUGCUGCAGCCGGACAAAGAAGGAAGGCGCUUCUGCUAAAGAAGUCGGACCUUGCAAUGAAGGCAAGGGGGCAGGGAAGGCUAGCCUGGGAAUAAGAUUGGCCCUCUUGAGAGCAGCUCCAUUAGCUGGUCAGAAAUCAAGGAGACAGAUGUGAACUAGGUUACUAAGUAAAUCCUACCAAUUUUUAGCCUAGAAAUCACUGAGGAAUUUCCAGUCAAAUGGGAAGGAAUGUUAAGUUUUAGGGCCCAGACAUAGACUGGUUUGCCUGCCCCUCUUCUUUUUUUUCCCCUUCCAGCCACACAAAGUUGCUUAUAAAAGUAUCUUUUAUUACUAUUUUUAGUAUUACAUAACACCCAACAUGUAAAGUACCCUUUAAAAAUAACAGUUCUUGCAUGGAAAAAAAUAGUUCUCAUCAGAAAGAUGAGCUUCCAGGACCCUGAAGUUUCCUUUUUACUCAAUUAUUUAAUAUUUCCUUUUAGCCAGAGUUGCUAUUUGUAAACGUCCCCACACUUCCAAAGUGUCCACUUCGCGUCCAGCUUUCCUUCCUUCCUUUUCCUCAGAUCACCCAUCUUGCUCCAAAUAGGCACCCAGUCACUAACUUGGCUUCAUUUUUUGGGUUUGAUUUCUCUCCUCAACUGCUGAUCUCUCCUUCCUGGUUGAAAAUGUCUUUGGAAAUUUGUCAGCACCCAGAAAGAGACAAACCACAGCCUGCAGAGUGGUGAGCCUAGAGCCUGGAACAGCCAGCUCCCUGCCCCAAGCUGCCUGAGAACUCUGUGGGCCUUUAAGAAUAAGAUGGAUCAUUCAGUCCUUCUGGGACAGCUUUUCCUGUAAGCAAAGCCAGAUUUGUUUUAGAUCAACUUUGGCUGGCUUGAAAAAAAAAGUGCCUUUUGCUGCUUUAAAGAAUUGGAGUGUAUAGUAUGAAGCAGCCAUGUACUUUAAUCUCCUGGUCUCUCUCUGGUAAUGUUCUCUCAUGAUAGCUGUUUUCUUAAAGUGAACAUGACAGAAGCACUUUACUAUACCCAGACCUCUACAUCCUCCCCGCAUACCCACUGUGUGCAGAGUGGAGGACUUUUAUUUAGCAUGCCAGGCAGCUGGCAAACCCAGAAAAAUUAGGAGCGGCGGCAGCACUAAGUUACACUCAGCACUUUAAAACCAAAAAAAAAAAAAAAAAAGCUUAGAGGGAUGGAUCGUUCUUUAUAACAGGAGUCCCAUCUGGGGUGAGUGUGAUGUGGAUGGAUUAAUCUAGAAAGUGGUGGAUAUAUAAAGACAAAGGAAAUUCUUGCAGGAUCCACAGGUGAUGAUGUGACAGGUAUUCCCAGUCUUCUCCCACAGCAAGUUUGUCCUCUUGACAUGUUUACAAAUGGACAGCAGCAUGGGUUCCUCUUGCCACAGCACUCGAUCCUGUCGGCAAAUACUGAAGGAAUUGAUGGAGAAGAGGAAAGGAGGUGCCCGUGAUCAGGAUCCCAAGGCCACCGCUUUCUGGAUCCCAGGAAACAAGGCAUUUGCUUCUGUUUUGGUCUAAGGAGUGAGGUCAUUCAAUUUAUAGCUUUACUGACACGAGGAUUCUCCCCGCCAAUGAGAAGGCAUUAUCUUUUUACCUUCAGGUGGUUUACUAUUGUGUAAAUAUUUUGUACAGAGCCCUGUAUGAAAUAAAUAGCCAUAUGUGGUUACUAA